AUGAAUGAAAAUUGUUCGACUAUUGACUAUAUUGGUUAUUUUAAAACAUUAGAAGUAGAACGUAAAUAUGAAUAUCUUCAACGCGAACGAGUAAGACGUAUAAAACAGCAACAAUUAUGGUUUCAAAUGGAUAAUAAAGAAAAUAUUCAAAAUGAAAAUUCAUCUCAAAUGAAUCCAAUAAGUUUGCUUCAAAAAGAAUUCCAGCAAAAUAUUUCCAUUGCAAUACCAGAUUUACCAGCCAUGGAUCAAAUUCAAAUAUUGGAUUCACAAGUAAUCAAUCAAGAUCCUAUUCGAGUAAUAAAAAUUUUUAAUGAAAAUUCAAAUACUUUACCAAAUGGACUAUAUGAACGUUUGUUAAUUUGUUUGCAUCCUCUGUUUCAUGAACGACUCGAUUAUUAUAAUGUAACGUUGGGACGAACUAUAGAUAAAAAUUUGAUUAAAACUGAACGAUUCGACAAAGAAAAUCAGAUCUAUCUUACGAUCAGUAAUGGUUUACUUGAACGUAUAAAAAAUAUUCUCAUUCAAAACCUUUUCUCAUACUAUUCUACUAAACAACUCCGAAUAGAAACAUGA